AUGAGAUUGUUUAACGCACAAUCUGGCCUGGUGUCAUCUGGCAUAUUGUUGCUUUCAUCAGUGUCAAUUGUCGUCGCCGACUGCGCACUUCCCUCGACUUAUAGUUGGACAUCAACUAGCGCUCUCGCGAAUCCCAAGUCCGGAUGGACCGCACUCAAGGACUUCACCAACGUUGUUUUCAACAAUAAACAUAUUGUCUAUGCAUCAACCAGUGACGCAAGCGGGAAAUAUGGCUCGAUGAACUUCGGUGCCUUUUCAGAUUGGUCUGGCAUGGCAACCACGAGUCAAGUCGGAAUGAGUUUUUCAGCCGUUGCACCCACUUUGCUCUACUUCCAGCCAAAGAACAUUUGGGUCUUGGCCUAUCAAUGGGGCUCAAGUACAUUCACUUAUCGAACUUCAAGUGAUCCUACCAAUGCCAAUGGAUGGUCAUCUGAGCAAGCCCUUUUUUCCGGAAAGAUCACCGACUCCAGUACUGGUGCCAUUGACCAAACAAUUAUCGGUGACUCUGCAAAUAUGUAUCUUUUCUUUGCGGGAGAUAAUGGCAAGAUCUAUCGUGCCAGCAUGCCCAUCAACAAUUUCCCUGGAAACUUUGGAACGGUUUCACAGGUGGUACUAAGUGACACUCAGAACAACCUAUUCGAGGCAGUUCAAGUCUACACUGUUAAAGGUCAAAACAAGUACCUGAUGAUUGUCGAGGCAAUUGGGUCACAAGGGCGCUAUUUCCGUUCAUUUACUGCCAACAGUCUUGGUGGUUCGUGGACAGCGCAGGCAGCAAGCGAGAGCAACCCCUUCGCCGGAAAAGCCAAUAGCGGUGCAAGCUGGACCAACGAUAUCAGUCACGGUGAUUUGGUUCGAACCAAUCCUGAUCAGACAAUGACCAUUGAUCCAUGCAACCUGCAAUUCCUCUACCAGGGACGAGACCCGAAUUCCGGUGGCGACUACAAUACCCUACCGUGGAAGCCCGCCGUGCUCACUCUGAAAAGCUAA